CCUCCUCAGGACCACUACAUCGGCAUAGACGUCGGUACCGGCUCUGCCCGCGCCUGCAUCAUCGAUGAGACCGGUGACAUCAAGGCCUUGGCCUCGGAGAACAUCAAGCUGUGGCAGCCCGAGAACGGAUACUAUGAACAAUCCACAACAGACAUCUGGAAGUGCAUCUGCGAAUGCGUGCGCCGCGUCGUCCAGGAGUCUCUCGUCAACCCCAGCCAGAUCAAGGGCAUUGGCUUCGACGCCACCUGCUCCCUGGCAGUCUUUUCCAACGACACCGACGAGCCCAUCCCCGUCACCGGCCCCAACUUUGCCAACGAUGGCAACGACCGCAACGUCAUCCUGUGGCUCGACCACCGUCCCGUUGAGGAGACGGCCAAGAUCAACGCCACCGGCCACAAGCUGCUCAAGUAUGUCGGCGGCAAGAUGAGCAUCGAGAUGGAGAUCCCCAAAGUCCUGUGGCUCAAGAACAACAUGCCCCCGGAGCUGUUUGAGCGCUGCAAGUUCUACGACCUUGCCGACGCCUUGACACAUCUGGCCACCGGCAACGAGGCGCGGAGCUUCUGCAGCACCGUCUGCAAGCAGGGCUUCGUCCCCGUGGGCGUGGACGGCAGCGUCAAGGGCUGGCAGGAGGACUUUUACCACGAGAUUGGCCUGGGUGAUUUGGUCAAGGACGACUUCAAGCGCAUGGGUGGCGUCGACGGGGUGAACGGAAAGUAUGCCAGCGCUGGCGAGUGCGUAGGCACCCUCAGCCGCCUGGCCGCCUCGCAGCUUGGCCUGCCAGAAGGCAUCGCCGUCGGUAGCGGUGUCAUUGAUGCCUACGCUGGCUGGAUCGGCACUGUUGGCGCCAAGGUCGAGCUGACCGAGGAGGAACUCAACGCCGAUGUUCCAAAGAACGACGUCACCCAGGCCUUUACUCGCCUGGCCGCCGUCGCAGGCACCUCGACGUGCCACCUGGCCAUGUCCAAGAAUCCCGUCUUUGUCCCCGGUGUCUGGGGCCCCUAUCGGGAUGUGCUGAUCCCCGAGUUCUGGAUGGCCGAAGGUGGCCAGUCCGCCACGGGCGAGCUUCUUCGACACAUGCUGGAUAUUCAUCCCGCGUACAACGAGACCAUGGCCCUGGCCAAGGCCGAAGACAAGCACAUCUACGACUUCCUCAACGCCCACCUCGAGUACCUCGCCGAGAAGCAUCAUGCCCCGGCCAUCUCCUACCUCGGCCGCCACCACUUCUUCUACGGUGAUCUGUGGGGCAACCGCUCGCCCAUCGCAGACCCCAGCAUGAAGGGCUCCAUGAUUGGUCUCGACAGCGACAAGAGCACCGACAACAUGGCCCUAUGGUACUAUGCCACCAUGGAGUUUAUCGCCAUGCAGACGCGCCAGAUCAUUGAGCAGAUGAACAAGGCUGGUCACGAGAUUUCGUCCAUCUUCAUGUCCGGUUCGCAGUGCCAGAACCCGAUCCUGAUGAACCUCCUGGCCACCGUCUGCAACAUGCCCGUGUUGAUCCCCAGAUACGUCAACGCGGCUGUUGUCCACGGAGCCGCCAUGCUGGGCGCCAAGGCGGCCAGCCACAACCGCAACGACGGCUCGGAGCCCGAGUCGCUGUGGGACAUUAUGGACCGCAUGAGCAAGCCCGGGCGGCUGGUGCAGCCAGGCACCGACGCCGGCGAGAAGCUGCUGCUGGAUGCCAAGUACGAGGUCUUCCUCGACAUGUGCAACGCGCAGCAGGCAUACCGAAAGAAGAUUGACAAUGCUGUUGCGCAAUGGGGGGCCGAGUUUGACGCCGACGAGUGA